UUGUUUUUUACCGUCCAUGUUCACUGCCUUUGAGCCAACAUGGUGCCCAUUUAACUGUAGCUGGCUGUCGGACUUUUGGUUUUUCCCUCCCGUCUCUGCUGUACACGAUGGCGUCUGCCAGCACAGGGAGCAGGGUGUCCUGCGGGAGAGAUUUAAGUUGUGUUCCCGAGGUAGCGGAUACACUCGCCGCAGUCGCAAAACUAGGCUUUGACUUCCUGUGCAUGCCCCUCUUCCAUCCUCGUUUCCGAAGAGAGUAUGAACUGGACCCUGCUAAGGCCAGACCCGGAGCUCAAACCCGCUCUGACCUGCUGCUGUGUGGACGUGACUGGAACACGCUUAUUGUGGGGAAGCUCUCCCCAUGGAUAGAUGCCGACUCGGAACUGACCACCGAGCGCAGGAACUCCGAGGCAGCACUGGUACAGGAGCUGAAUUUCUGUGCCUACCUGGGGUUACCUGCAUUCAUGAUUCCACUGAGGGGUGCACGGUGUGCCAACUUGGCCCGAGUCCUGCUAAACCACUUACAUACUGGACACCAUUCUUCCAUGUAUUGGAUCCGAGUUCCCCUGUUAGCACCCGAGGACACUCGUGAAGACCUCGUUGAAAACGAGCCGAGUAAACAAAUAGAUGAUGCUGACAACGAAGAGAAGACCUGGGGCUGGUGGCAUUCAUUCAGAACACUUUGUGACUACAACAAAAGAAUUUGCCUUGCCAUUGAGAUCGGGGCAGAUGUUCCCUCUGACAACGUGAUUGACAAGUGGCUUGGGGAACCAAUCAAAGCUGCCAUUCUUCCCACCAGCAUAUUCCUGACUAAUAAGAAAGGAUUUCCGGUGCUCUCAAAAGCCCAUCAGAGGAUCAUUUUCCGCCUCUUCAAGCUCGAGUCGCAGUUUAUAUUUACUGGGACAAGUCGCCACAGUGACAAGGAGUUCCGCACCUACCUGCAGUACCUAGAAUACCUCAACCAAAACCGUCCAGCACCCAACGCUUAUGAGCUGUUCGCCAAGGGAUAUGAGGACUACCUGCAGUCACCAUUACAGCCUCUGAUGGACAAUUUGGAGUCACAGACGUAUGAGGUUUUCGAAAAAGAUCCCAUUAAGUAUUCACAAUACCAGCAGGCUGUGUAUAAAUGUCUGAUAGACAGAGUUCCCGAGGAGCAAAAAGAAACCAAUGUACAGGUGCUGAUGGUGCUAGGUGCUGGACGUGGCCCUCUGGUGAAUGCCUCGCUACGUGCCGCCAAGCAGGCAGACAGAAAGCUGCGUGUGUAUGCUGUUGAAAAGAACCCCAAUGCUGUUGUCACACUGGAGAACUGGAAGUUUGAAGAAUGGGGAGAUCAGGUGACCGUUGUAUCAUGUGACAUGCGGGAGUGGACCGCUCCAGAGAAAGCUGACAUCAUUGUCAGUGAGCUUUUAGGAUCUUUUGGUGACAAUGAGCUUUCGCCUGAGUGCCUUGAUGGAGCGCAGCACUUUCUUAAAGAAGGUGGAGUGAGUAUUCCCUGCUCCUACACCUCGUUUUUGGCACCCCUGUCCUCAUCAAAGCUGUAUAAUGAAGUUCGAGGGUGUCGGGAGCGCGACAAGGACCCUGAGUGCCAUUUUGAGACCCCAUAUGUAGUGAGGCUCCACAACUUCCACCAGCUUGCUGACCCCAAACCCUGCUUUACCUUUGUACACCCAACCACAGAUAUGAACAACAAUAGAUACCAGUGUCUGUGUUUCACCAUGUCCUGUAACUCUGUGCUUCAUGGUUUUGCUGGAUAUUUUGAGACCACGUUGUACAAAGACGUCAUGCUUAGUAUUAGACCAGAGACCCACUCACCAGGAAUGUUCUCCUGGUUCCCAAUCCUCUUUCCUCUCAAGCAACCCAUUCCCCUGUCUGGUGGCGAUGAGGUGAGUGUGAAGUUCUGGAGGUGUAACAACGGGAAGAAGGUGUGGUACGAGUGGGCUGUCACCGAUCCCAUCUGCUCGGCCAUUCACAACCCCGCGGGACGGUCUUACACUAUUGGCUUGUAGAGGGAGACGUAUUAUGUAAUUUUGGUCUCUAGUCAAAACAAACAAACAAAAAAAAAUAGUACAGUGCAGCACUUGAUAGCUUUGGCCAGUUUUGAGCAUGAUUUUUUUUUGUAUUUGGUUACAGUCUUGGUAACAUUUGAGCAUCUGGGCUUACUGUCACUACACCCACUGAAAGUUUUCUAAUCUUGGUUCUGUGCACUGAACUGCCAAGUUCACAGGAUAUCCAAACUGACCCGAAGCUAGAUAACGAAACUGAUAUCUUUUUUUUAUUAUUAUUAUUGUCAUAACUCCCUUUUCAUACUGUUUUAUGUUCUUCCUGAUGACACUUGUCAUAUGAGAUGAAUAAAAAAAAAUCAUAACGA